AUGAGCGUCGCACGACCGGCAAGGUGCCUUUUUUGCACAUUUUCAAAGCCAAAUCUCGUUCGCUACCCUCGCCGACAAUUCCACUCAACUCCUAUACCGUGUGCUCCCCAAAAACCGAAGCAUGAGAAUAUCAAAGCCUCAGACGUUGAGGGAUGGCUAAAAAAACAUACACCUGAAAAAUCAAAGGCUUAUACCGAAGCCGAAAAGGCUCACAUGCAGAAAGUCUACUCGCCAGAACAGAUCAAGGCAAUUGAAGCUGGAGAGAAAGCUAUUCCCGAUAAAGAUGUGGAUGAGCAGUUCAACUUGAGGGAUGAUCCAUGGGCACUUAAAUAUGUGGAUGAUUUUUCCACCAUUGAGCCUGUUGUUGACCACCACAUCCGCUCUCCCGUCACCAACCACGACCCCAACUCCCGCUUAAAAACCCAUGAUGAACUGGUAGAUGACGUCGCCAAUUUCAUCAAGGAUAUGCCAGACGAACCAUCGGCGUUAAGUUUACAAAAAUUCUUCGAAAACGUGCGGUUGACCACCGGCAAAGCAGAGGCUGAACUCGACCCUCACAGCGCUGUUGUGCCGGAUGUAUUUGAACCGGGCGAAACCUUUUCCAACAUCGGCCGCCAUGAACCCCCUCCCCUGUUCCAGCAGGAAAAAGAGGCCAAGACUGAAGAGUCGGACUUAAUGAAGAAGCUGAGAGUGAUCACCGGAUUGAACUCAUCCGCAUUGAAGCAAAUAGACACUAAAGUUCUUGUCAGCCAUCGAGUCGUCAACCAAACUCGUCUCGGGAAGAUUCAAAAGGCCUAUGUUCUUGUUGUUGCAGGUAACAAGAACGGACUUCUUGGAAUUGGUGAAGGCAAAUCUGAAGAAAUAGGUGCUGCCAAAGAGCAAGCAGAAUACCGAGCAAUUCGCAGUAUGAGGCCAGUCCCAAGAUACGAGAGGCGGACGAUAUUCGGAGAUGUCAAGGGAAAAGUUGCUGGAACCGAAUUGGUAUUGAUGAAUCGACCACCAGGCUUUGGUCUUCGCUGCUCCCAGCGUAUUUGGGAGAUGGCCCGUCUUGCCGGAAUCAAGGAUCUGGCUGCCCGUGUUUCUCGUUCUAGAAACCCGAUGAACACGGCAAAGGCUGCCUAUAAGGCUCUUAUGAGCCAAAAGGAUCCGGAAGAGGUUGCUCAAGCCCUAGGAAAGAAGCUUGUCGACGUAAGAAAGGUUUACUACGCUGGAAAGGUCUAA